GAAGAAAGCGGAGAAGGCCGGUGGGCUGCCGGGAGACUGGCCGGAGAGCAGGAUGCAGCGCCCCAUGGAGCUGGGCGCCGCGCACUACUUCCCAGCCGAAGCCUUUCCAGACCACCGCUCCCACCGCUACCGGAGCUUUAUGAUCGAAGAGAUCCUCACUGACCCCCCAGACGCCAAGAGUGCUGCGCCUGCUGCGGCUGGUGAGCUGCUCAAGUUCGGCGUGCAAGCAUUGCUGUCUGCGCGGCCCUUCCACAGCCACCUGGCGGUGCUGAAGGCAGAGCAAGCAGCAGUCUUCAAGUUCCCCCUAGCGCCCCUGGGCUGCUCUGGCCUGGGCUCUGCGCUGCUAGCCGCAGGCUCCGGGCUCCAAGGGGCCUCCGCCUCACCUCACCUCCCUCUGGAGCUGCACCUCCGUGGAAAGCUGGAGUCUGGCCCGGCCGAGCCGGGCACCAAGGCCAAGAAGGGGCGGCGGAGUCGGACGGUUUUCACUGAACUGCAGCUCAUGGGCUUGGAGAAGCGCUUCGAAAAGCAGAAGUACCUCUCCACUCCGGACAGAAUAGACCUCGCUGAAUCGUUGGGCCUGAGCCAGCUGCAGGUGAAGACUUGGUACCAGAACAGGAGGAUGAAGUGGAAGAAAAUAGUGUUACAGGGCGGCGGGCUCGAGUCCCCGACUAAACCUAAGGGGCGCCCCAAGAAGAACUCCAUCCCCACCAGCGAACAACUGACGGAGCAGGAGAGGGCCAAGGAGGCAGAGAAGCAGGCGGAGAACCUGAGCUCACCCUGCGAAGUCAAUCAGGAGGAGUGAGCUUGGUCACCAGAAUUCUUCAGCCCUGAGGCGCAGCUGACGGGGUGGAUGGUCAGUGCUUCGACCCUGGGACCUCUCUCCCUCAGAGAAACCAAAGACUACCCUCGAGGCCUUUUUUUCCGAGGACGGGAUUAGUCUAGAGGACAAACCAAAACGUUCCAGGCCUUAUUCGGGCGUCGACUCUCUUCCACCCUGGGAACAGACCAAGUCUCGGCCGCCUGCUCAUUUCUCCAGACUAGACUGAUCUUAUUUGGAGCAGCAAUAAGGAUGGAGAGGAGUGUCUGCUGCUGAAAAAAUAUUGUUUGUUUCCUUUCGUUGUUUCUGCAAAGCGAUCCUGCUGGGAAAUCCAAGGAAGCUGGAAUUAAACAAACGAGGAAAAAAAUACGCCACCCUCCCAAGAAACAAAAGAUCCUUCAAACGAAUUUAUGAUAGAGGAGAAACUUUUCCUGUCUCUGCAGAUGGGGUAUUUAAGGUUGCAAAACCGCCCUAGAGGGUAGGGGCGAGCGCGCACACUCACGAACACACAAAGUUCACACUCACACUCACGCCCUCCAGGGCUUGGGCACUUCCUGGAAGGACCUCUCCAAGGUAUGGGCGUCCAAGUGGUCUCCGUUUGGUUCUGGAGUCCUAGGUUCGGAAGGGGAGCCAAGAGGUAUCGGAGACCAAACCCAACCUAGAUGCCUUCUCCAAUGCUCGGCCUUACCCUUCAAAGAUAGUGACUUUAUUCCAAUAAAGUAUUUUAUGACA